CAGCCUGGUGGCCCUGAGAAAGUUACACUGCAAGGGGCCCCAUGCAAAAGGCAUCACCAUUUCCCUCUUCCAUCCUGUCUAGGUGGCCAGAAAAUCUCAAGAGCUCUCAGAGACUGAGGCUGGACCACAGAUCCCUCCUUGGCACAGAUGAGUUUCCACAUCACCGGCCCCAGACUGUUGCUAUUGGGACUCCAGCUGUUUGCUGAGGCCUGGAGCUACAACCUGGAUACGCGGCAUGCGCAGAGUUUCUUGGCACACGCUGGGAGACACUUUGGGUACCGGGUCUUGCAGGUCGGAGAUGGCGUUGUUGUGGGAGCUCCAGGUGAGGGGAACAGCACAGGAAGCCUCUAUCAGUGCCAUCCAGGCAAUGGUUCCUGCCAACAAGUCAGCUUGCAUGGUUCUAACUAUACCUCCAAAUACUUGGGAAUGACCUUAGUGACAGACACCACCAACGGAAGCCUUUUGGCCUGUGAUCCUGGACUGUCUCGGACAUGUGAUCAUAACACCUACCUCAGUGGCCAGUGUUACCUCUUUCCCCAGAGUCUGGGGGGACCUAUGUUACAAGGGUAUCCUGCUUAUCAGGAAUGUAUUAAGGGCAAGGUCGACCUAGUAUUUCUGUUCGAUGGCUCAAUGAGCUUGGAGAAAAAUGACUUUGAAAAAAUCUUGGACUUCAUGAAGGAUGUGAUAAGGAAACUCAGCAACACUUCCUACCAGUUUGCUGCUGUUCAGUUUUCCACAUCAUACAAAACAGAAUUCACUUUCUUGGAUUAUGUUAAACAGAAGGACCCUGAUGCUCUGCUACGUAAUGUUAAACACAUGUGUUUGCUGACCAAUACUUUUGGCGCCAUCAACUAUGUAGUGACAAACGUGUUCAAAGAAGAGUCUGGUGCCCGGCCAGAUGCUACCAAAGUGCUAGUCAUCAUCACAGACGGUGAAGCUACUGACACUGGGAACAUCGAUGCAGCCCAAGGCAUUACCCGUUACAUCAUCGGGAUUGGAAGGCAUUUUAAAACCACAAAAGGACAGGAGAGUCUUCACAUAUUUGCCUCCAAACCCACAAAGGAAUUUGUCAAGAUUCUGGACACAUUUGAGAAGCUCAAGGGCCUAUUUGAUGACCUUCAGAGGAGGAUUUACAUGAUUGAGGGCACAAACUUACAAGACCUGACAUCGUUUAACAUGGAACUCUCCUCCAGUGGGAUCAGCGCAGACCUCAGCAAGGGCCAUGCAGUUGUGGGAGCAGUUGGAGCCAACGACUGGGCUGGGGGAUUUCUGGACCUGGAUGUAGACUUGCAGGAUGCCACAUUUGUUGGGAACGAACCACUAACGUCAGAUAAAAGAGCAGGUUAUCUGGGCUACACCGUGACCUGGAUGCCCUUCCGUAGCUCCAUGUCUCUACUGGCCGUGGGAGCCCCACGAUACCAGCAUGUGGGACAAGUACUGCUCUUCCAAGCACCCAAAGCCGGAGGACACUGGAGUCAGAUCCAGAAAAUAGAAGGGACUCAGAUUGGAUCUUAUUUUGGUGGGGAGCUAUGUAGCGUUGACUUGAACCACGAUGGUGAGACAGAGCUGUUGCUGAUUGGUGCACCCCUGUUCUAUGGGGAGCAGAGAGGAGGCCGAGUGUUCAUUUACCAGGGAAGAGAGGUGUUCAACAUGGUCUCAGAGCUGCAGGGUGACCCUGGCUACCCACUUGGGCGGUUUGGAGCUGCCAUCACUGCCCUGACAGACAUCAAUGGGGAUGGAUUGACAGAUGUGGCCGUGGGAGCCCCUCUGGAGGAGCAGGGGGCUGUGUAUAUCUUCAAUGGGCAGCCUGGAGGGCUCAAUCCCCAACCAAGCCAGAGAAUACAAGGAACCCAGGUGUCCCCAGGAAUCCAGUGGUUUGGACGCUCCAUCCAUGGGGUGAAGGACCUUGGAGGGGACAGGCUGGCAGAUGUAGUUGUAGGAGCUGAGGGCCGAGUGAUUGUGCUGAGCUCGAGGCCAGUGGUGGAUGUUGUCACUGAGAUGUCCUUCUCUCCAGACGAAAUCCCGGUGCAGGAGGUGGAGUGCUCCUUCUCAGCCAGCCAGGAACAGAAGGAAGGAGUCACACUCAAUGUGUGCUUCCAAAUACAACCUCUCACAUCUCAGUUUCAAGGUCACCUGCUUGUCAACCUUAGCUACACCCUGCAGCUGGAUGGCCACCGGUCGAGGAGCCGAGGUGUAUUCUCAGGAGGGAGCCAUGAGCUCAGCGGGAACACAUCUGUCACCCCAGAUAAAUCCUGCCUGGGCUUCUCCUUUCACUUCCCGGUCUGCAUUCAAGACCUCAUCUCUCCUAUCAAUGUCUCUCUGAAUUUCUCUCUUUUGGAGGAAGAAGGAACACUGAGGGACCGAAAGAUGGGCAGGGACACGCAGCCCAUCCUGAGGCCUUCAAUACAUGCAGUGACUAAGGAGAUCCCGUUCGAGAAGAACUGUGGUGAGGACAAGAAGUGUGAGGCAAACCUAGCCCUGUUGUCCCCUGCCAGAUCCAGAGUCCUGCGUCUGACUUCCUCCGCCAGCCUUGCUGUGGAGUGGACGCUGAGCAACUCGGGAGAGGAUGCUUACUGGGUGCGGCUGGACUUGAGCUUCCCUAAGGGACUCUCCUUCCGCAAGGUGGAGAUGCUAAAGCCACACAGCAGAGUUCCUGUGAGCUGCCAGGAGCUGGCUGACAAGUCAAGUCUCCUGACCAAGACACUGGCCUGCAAUGUCAGCUCUCCCAUCUUCAAAGCAGGGCGGCAGGUCAGCCUCCAGGUGAUGUUUAACACACUGCUCAACAGCUCCUGGGGAGAUUUUGUUGAGCUGAAUGGCACUGUGCACUGUGAAAAUGAGGACUCAAGCCUGCUGGAGGACAACUCAGCCACCAUGCACAUCCCUGUCCUGUACCCAGUCAACAUCCUGAUUGAGGACCAGGAGAACUCCACCCUGUACACCAGUUUCACCCCUAAAGGUCCCAAGACCCAGCAAGUCCAGCAUAUCUACCAGGUGAGGAUUCAGCCUUCUGCCUAUGACAACAACAUGCCCACAUUGGAGGCCUUGGUUGGGGUGCCACAGCCUCACAGUGAGGGCCCCAUCACUCACACAUGGAUUGUACAGAUGGAUUCUCCUGUCACUUGCCGCCGUGAGGACCUGAAGAGGCCAUCUAAUGAAGCUGAGCCUUGUCUGCCUGGAAUUCUGUUCCACUGUCCAAUUGUCUUCAGGCAGGAGACCCUCAUCCGAGUGACCGGGACAGUAGAACUAUCAGACGAAAUUAAGGCAUCCUCCACGCUCAGCCUCUGUAGCUCGCUCUCCAUCUCCUUCAACAGCAGCAAGCAUUUUCACUUGUAUGGCAGCAAAGCCUCAAUGGCCCAGGUCCUCAUGAAGGUUGAUGUGGUCUACGAGAAGGAGAUGCUGCACCUGUAUGUGCUCAGCGGCAUUGGGGGGCUAGUGCUACUGCUGUUGAUUUUCCUAGCGCUCUACAAGGUUGGUUUCUUCAAACGGAACCUGAAGGAGAAGAUGGAGACUGAUGGAGGUGUCUUGAAUGCAAGUCCUAAUGAAGAUGCUGACCCUCUGGCAGAAUCUGGAGAAGAAACCAAAGAUCCCAGCUGCCUAGAGCCCUCCAUGAGGGUGACAAGGACUGAGGCCUACAUGCAAUACACUGAUGGCCCAAAACUAGACUUAAGAGUGCCGGUACUGACCAGCAUCAGCCGUAUGUCGUCGAUGUGUACCCUCAUCUUUGGCUAGUCAUGGUUGCUCCUAGUCCUGAAUUUCCCUGGUGUGAGCAUUGAGCUCAUCCCCACCUUAUCUACAAGUGCAUGUAAGACUCUGCUAAGGAAGGCCAGGAGGCCAGAGAUGAAGCCCUGCCUCCUGCUAGCCUGCCUUGCUGUCCCCCAGAGAGAAUCUUUGGUCCGAACUUGUAGAAACUGUCAUCUCAGGGCCCAGUUUUACUCCAGCUCUCUCAACUGCCCUCGGAUGUCCCAGCCUUCUGGGUCUGCCUCACACUGUCUCCUGCCUGGAGUCUAGCCUGGACUCUGCUGAGAGACUGCAAAUCCACCUGUGUCAUUGCAUUGCUGCCGCAGAUGUCUAGGAAGACAUUGCAAAAUCAGGCCCCCGUGGCUGGCCCAGCCUCUGCAGGAGUGACCCACCUUUCCUCCCCACAUCUCUUUGCUGCCUCUCUUUCCCAGGCUGCAGCUACUCCAGCCUUUCCGAGAGUCAUUCUCCUUCCUGUGAAGCUGCACUUCACCUCAUGUCCUCUUCCGCCUGGAACAUUCCUGCCUCCGCCUGUCCUGGCUCAGGGAGGAUUCCACUCACACCAGCCUGCACCUGUCCCUUGUCCCCAGGUUGUAUUUGUUCUCUCUUUGAUGAUUUAAUUCCUGCCUCAGAGUGAGCUCCUUGAGGUUGGGGCAUACAUUCCUAUGCCAUUCACCUUGGGAAUCUCUGAUGACAUCCGAGGGCAGGGGUAUAGUGGGUGCUUGGUACAGUUUCAUUGUAAGUGGAGAAGAUAAAGAAAUAGCAUGGGUGAGCCCUGGGCAUUUCAUCCUUCAAGCCUCUGCCUUUCCAGGCUCCUUCAUUCCCCAUUCAGCACCCCCCCCCCCAGUUCCCUCACAGAAGGAGCUCAAGGAGUCCCAAUACAAAGCACAUGCAUGGUGUCUUGAAUGAGAAAUGCCCACAUAGGCUCAGGCACCUCAACACUUGGUCCCCGUAGUUAGAGAGAUUGUAGGGAAGCACAGCCUUGCUGGCCGUCGGCUGGGAAGGGCUGUGAGAGUUGGAAACCUUGCCCCACUUGUAGUUCAUGCUCAGCUUUGUGCUUUGGAUUGAUGUCAUCUCUCGGUUUCCUACUGUCUUUCCAGCCACUGGCUGCCGUACCUUCCAACACAGACUCCCACCCUCUGGAACCACGAGCCCAAAUAAACUUGAUUCCAUAA